GAAUACUCACUCCGUCCCUUUCCCUGGUUUGGUUUAUUCUACACAAUGGGAUACACAGGUAUUAAUAACACAUUAAAACUCAUGCCUAGCUGUCUUAUUAGUCUGAUAUUAUAGUGGCUCAACAAGCUGCACUCUGAGGUGGGGAAACUUUUUUUUCUUCCUGGUGUGAAUCACCUCUCGCUUGUACAAAAUCUUUGCGCCAAACGAGUUCCCCUGACAGCAUGAGACAAGACACACAAAACCGCAUGUACUGAGUGAGCUCAGCCUGUUAUGGUGGCAGCUGCAAGCGUUGACUGAAUAAUGGAUAAUGGGAGUAUAGUGCUGUUGUCAGACCUUUUCCACAAGUACGGGCAGGUACAGGUGGCUCUUUAUCGGGAUUUUCUUGCAUGGAAGGAUAUUAAAAAGAACUGGAGGAGAAGUUCUGGCAGCACUUCCCCAACAGCUCGCAGCCACGCCGCGUACGUGUGUGAAAUUGUCGCCGUGCACAAGACGGACACCGGCGACCAGACCAAGGCGGCGGCAAAGCACCUUCAGCUCAAUCCGCACGCCUUCACAGUUUUCUACGUCAGGAGGGCGACGGCGGCGCAUCAGUGGCGGUGUGACGACGUCACCUUUUACAGCGACAACCUGGAACUUUGCCGUCACUGGAUUCAAACCAUCAAUGAUCAAGUGUCAAUGCAAACCAAUCGUCCCAAGAGCCUGCUGGUGUACAUCAAUCCCUUCGGCGGGAAGCGGCAAGGGAAGCACAUUUACGAUCAGAAGGUGGCGCCGCUGUUUUGCCGAGCCUGCAUCGCCACGGACGUGAUUGUUACGGAGCGGGCCAAUCAUGCCAGAGAUCAUUUGAAAACAGAAGCAAAUUUGGAGAAAUAUGAUGGAGUGGUGUGCGUGGGCGGAGACGGGAUGUUCAGCGAGAUCCUACACGGGUUGGUCGCCAGGACCCAAACGGAGCGCGGCAUCGACCCCAACCCGCCCGACGCACACUUGGCGCCGUGUUCCCUCCGUAUCGGGAUCAUCCCUGCAGGCUCCACUGAUUGCAUCUGCUUUGCGACGGUGGGGACCAACGAUCCCGUUACGUCCGCCUUGCACAUCAUCGUAGGUGACUCCCAACCCAUGGACGUUUGCUCGGUGCACCACAACAACACGUUCCUCAGAUAUUCCGUGUCGUUGCUGGGCUACGGAUUCUACGCCGACAUUCAGACUGACAGCGAGAGGCAGAGGUGGCUGGGCCCGGCUCGCUAUGACCUGUCGGGGGUAAAGACCUUUCUGAGUCACAACUAUUAUGAAGGCACCGUCUCGUUCGUUCCGGCUGAGGACAAUGUGGGCAACCCCAGGGACAAGGAGCAGUGUCGGGCCGGGUGCCGCGUUUGCCACCACCAAACCUCGUUACAGGAGACGAACAAUGACGAGCCGUCAGACGCAGUCGUUGACACCUGGACGGAAAUCCGCGGGAAAUUCAUCGCCAUCAACGCGGCCAACAUGAGCUGCGCGUGUCCCCGCAGUCCGCGGGGCCUGUCGCCCUCCGCCCACUUGGCCGACGGCACCGCCGACCUCAUCCUGGUCCGCAAGUGCUCCCGCUUGGAUUUUCUCAAACACCUCCUCCGCCACACCAACAAUGAAGACCAGUUCGACCACUCGUUCGUAGAGGUCCACCGGGUGCGCAAGUUCCGCUUCCAGCCCCUCCACAAUGAGCCGGUGUCGCUGGAGGACCUGAGCGGGCCCCAAAAGUCAGCGCCCGAGAGUCCGAUUUGGUCGCGCAACUUCGCCUACAGCCACUGGACGUGUGACGGCGAGAUCCUGCCUUACGUCGCCGUCCAAGUCAGUGUCCAGUGCCAGCUGAUCAGACUGUUUGCCCGCGGCAUCGAGGAGAACAGCCACAACCAAACGCCGCUGUGGCUUCUGGAAGCGACAGCACACCAAUCUGUGGACUGAAAGUUGAGCAGGAUGGAACUUUGGCGGAGUAAUUAUUAGCACUUCCAGCCUGAAGGAGCCAUAAGCGAAGAUGAAGGCUAUUUCCCUCUUCUGGGACAACAGAUUAGAUACAUUUGAAAAACCAAGUAAUUUCCUUUUCUUUGAUGAAGACACAAAAUGUUUCAUCUGUGAUCCAAGCGGGACCAGAUGUGAGUCAGGAACUCUUGUAAGGAGCCCAUCUGAUAGACUAACAAGGCCCCGAUGAUGUAUUUUGGAUAAUAAGGUAAAGUGGUUGCUAAGUGGAGUUUGUGUGUCUCAGCGCUGAGAAACACCUGUGGCUCCACUGCGGCUAAAAGCAAAGCGAAGCGCUGGCUUGUUCCGGCCGAAAUUAGUCCAAAUGAGACAUUUUUGUUGUCAUUAGAGACUUCUUUGCUCAGAUGCGCUCAGAUGUCAAGCUGGUCUUGAUGUCUCUGAAGAAAGGUCACGGAAAAUUUGAAGACUAUUUUUAGUUAGCGUUUAUCUGCUGUAUCUUCAAGUCUCGGACCCGGAGCCAAUCAAAAGUUCUUUUGGUUUCCCAAUGGAAAUGAAGUGUUUGACCUUGUGACCUUGACCCAGUGACUCCUAUUGAAUAACUAAAUAACCAACUCAUCAUUAUUUAUAUAUAGUGCUUUCCCAACAGCUACAACAAAGUUCUUUUCAUGAAACAUUUAAAAAAUAUAUAUAUAUACAAAAAAUUUAAAACAGCAGGGGGCACAAAAUUGAACCCUGCGGAACACCGUAUUGAGAUAACAUACUCCGGAUGGUUAAAUAAAGGCAAUCUUAAGA